AAGCCACUGCUUCGUGAAGGACGUUACAUAUUUUGAUAUGUACAUUUAAUGAAAUCUUACCGGAUGUCUUGUGAAUUUUUUUAAUUGCAAUCUCUCUUUACUGGACAAGAAGAUAAAGCUAAAGAGCGACUGGAGGUGAAAAGCAUGACUUCAUUUUGACGGUGAAAUUAAAAUAUACCGUCCAUCGAUAAAAGAGUAUUCUUUGGAUUCCGAUUUUAGAGUUAAUACAUAACAAUAAGCAGUUACAGGGGUUUCCUCUCAGUAUCGGAUUAGGGAUUUAUAGCUUCCCUCAUUACAAUAUGAAGUGGUUGGUUUAUUUCAGCUUGUGUGUAAUAUUCACGGAUUUGGCGAUUCCGGCUAAUAUCACAGAGGUGAACACUUUGUAUACUGACUUAAUGUCUGGUUACAACAAAUACAUACGCCCACUGACAUCGACAAGUGAUCCUAUGUACGUGAAUGUUACGUUUUCUCUCCUUGGAAUUAAGGAAUUUGACGAAGUUAAUGGCAAGUUUUCUGUAAAUGGUUUCUUUAUGAUUACAUGGUCCGAUUCACGUCUAGCAUGGGCGCCAUUACUUUAUAACAAUAUUUACACCAUUGAGCUUCCAGAAUCGAAGGUCUGGAUUCCAAAUCUAACACUUUUAAACUCCUACGAGCGUGUGGAAAGUCUCGGGAGAGGCAUAGUUCCCGUCACAGUCACAUCUACUGGAAAGGCAUUUUGGUCUCCUGGUGACGUCAUAUCAAGCGCAUGCGACGUAGAUGUGACAUAUUAUCCAUUUGAUACCCAGUCUUGCAGCAUGAUGUUAACGUGUUUCGGAUUUGCUCCAACUGCCAUCGUUACGCAAGCGCCGGAUACCGAGAUCAACAUGGCCUUUUUCUCGGAACACGGAACAUGGGAACUACUGGAUAAAAAAAUAAACACAUUUUUAAAUCCUGGCACCUCCUACAUUAGUAUCAGCAUGGACAUGAAAAGGCGCCCAGCGUUUGCCGUCAUCAACAUUGUCCUUCCGAUGCUUUUCAUGGUGGUUUUGAAUUUACUAGUAUUUGUAUUACCCGUGGAGAGCGGGGAACGACUGUCCUACUCCAUCACCGUGCUUCUUGCGAUUGCCGUGUUUUUAACACUCGUCGGUGACAACCUGCCCAAAACAUCAAAACCGACCGCCAUUUUGUCAUACUUCCUUCUUGCAGAUUUGGUACUGAGCUCUCUGAUUUGUGUCUUUGUUAUUCUUGGUUUGGCUAUCUAUUACAAGGACGACUCUGAAAAACCCGUACCGAAAAUAAUCGCAAAAUUAUGUUGCCAUCGAAGAAAACGUACAGGCGGAAUUAAAAACAUAACCGUUGUAGAACCUUACAAUGAAAGGUCGACAGAAGACAAGAAGUUUUCUGUGCCUGAUAAUGAAGAUGAGGACUGGGAAAAGGUGACAUGGAAAAUGGUUUCUAACUGUUUUGAUUGGAUAGUUUUCGUCACGUGUCUGGUGGCCAUCAUCAUAUCGACAAUCCUGUACUUUUUCAUGACAAUGUAGUGAUACAUAACUUUCUCACAUUAUCAGCAGCGUGAGGCUGACUUAAGGUGGCUCAUUACAGCAAUAUUUCAUUUCAUGGCUCGUUAAAACACCUCUAAUUUGUAUGACUUAUAUUUCACCAUCGAAAGUGUGAUGAAAGCUCAAUUACUUCAUAUAUUAUUUUUUUUUUUUUGUCGUGAUUUUUCCGAAAUGAUCAAAAGGUGUUUUGUUUGCAAAUAAGAGAUUUUAGAGUACAGAUUUCGCUGUAAUUUGAUGCAUGAUAUGAAUAUCUAAUAAAAAAAAAAACCAUAAAAGGCUAAGAUA